CAAGGAUGCGCACGCGACCGGGCUUGUCGCCGACCUGCGGCGGGACCGUCUCGCGAAGCACAUUCUGGACGGAGUUGACGCGGGUCCAUUCGUGCGAAAUUUUUUCUACCUACGCCCUUGCGAACUAUGUCUAAGUGUUGGGUCCACGACGCCUCGCAUUCACAGGGUCCAGGCGGGCGACAGCAGCGGUCGGUCGAUCCUACGCAGGACAACUUCUUUGCGUCGAUCGUAAGCCCGACGCCGCGGCAGCAGAGCGACCGCUCGCGCAGACAGUCGCGCUCCACGCGUGAGGGCGUCACAAACGCGAGGGAAGACCCCGUUGCUACGGAGCGACCGACGCUUGAAUGGCAAGACCGCCUGUCGGAGUCGCUUGCACGAUGGUCCCAGUCCCGUCAGUAUGAGCAGCCGGUUCCGAGUGACUCCUCGCAACUGCUACCUUUCCAACGUAGUGCCCCUGCUACGGAUGAUGCCCGGGAGCCCGCGCGACACAAGCGAAGAUUGACGGACUCUGCAUCCACGCACCACGAACUGUCAUGGGACGAUGUGCAUGCCACGCCAGACACAGAUGAAGAUGAACUCGACGACUGUGCGGACGCUUUUGGACAUCUGUCGUUCGAUGAACAUCGUGAGGUCCGGUACCACGGCAAGUUGAGCGGUAUCCACCUCCUUGCGCAGCAUCAGCGCGAGGAUAAGCGCAACUUCGGUGGCGUCUGGAAGUUCCCUAUGGCAAAACUCUGGCCGCCCGUGCCGGCGGGCGAAACGGAGUAUGGCCAGCGCGAGAAGUCGAGGCUCAGCCUGGAAGCGAGUAUACCGAUGCCCCCGCCGGAUGUGCGGCUACACCUCAUCAGGAUAUUCUUCACCUAUGCGAACACGGCGUUACCUGUCCUGGACGAGGAAUCAUUCAUGGAGCAGUAUCAUGCAGAGUAUGGCCCGGCUCAGCCAAGUGCGCGCUCAGCGGAGGGUGUCAUCCCGGGCCCCAGCGGCUCUGACCCAGCUGGUAUAACGCAGCCUGAGCGGAUGCAGAAGUUGUCGAAACUGUUGCUGUUUGCUGUGUUUGCGUUUGCAGCGCAGUACUGGGAUACGAACCAGGCAGAACAGUAUGCCGCGAACGCUAGGAGACUGCUUGACUUGGUGUAUGGCGAGAGUCGUACCUCGACUGUGCAGGCUCUGGUCCUGAUGGGAGUGCGCGAGUUCGGUAAUGCGAGCGUGGAAGAAGGCUGGCUGCAUGUCGGAAUGGCCGCACGCAUGGCCGUUGACUUGGGGCUCAACCGGAACUCCGAGAAAUGGCUCAACAAUGGACGCGAGAUGUUUUCGCACAAGGAGCAGAACAUCCGGAGGACGAUUUGGUGGGCAUGUUGCUUUGCAGAUAAAUACGCAUCACUUUUCCUAGGAAGACCGAUCAUUGUGCACGAAGCCGACUUCUCGACUUUGCUCCCUGAAGUUUCACAGGAGGACGAACAUGUGUGGGUGCCGAUGAGCAACAAUCCUCAAGAUCAAAGCAUUCCGGCUAUGCCUGGCUUACGGCAAAGUUACCAUCGGGCGGCGUCAGCAUUGACGGUCAUCCACGGCGAGAUAGUCGAAAAGAUCUAUCCGGUGACUCGUGUCCAUCAGCUUCCCCGUCGUGCUCUCAUGGAACAAAUACAUUCGCGGCUAAUACAAUGGUCACUCGAUCUGCCUGAAGUGUUGCAAUACUCAUCGAAGAGCAAACGACCAUGUCCCCCGCCGCAUGUCCUGGUGCUACAUAUUCAGUUCUGGGCGAUGAUGUUGCUGCUCCACAGGCCAUUCAUUCCAAAAAGCUUACGCUCGAAAACACCACCCUCUCCUUCAGGGGAUGAUCACGUACCCUGGAAGUCAUUUGAUUUCUGUCAAAGCUCCGCUUCCCAUAUCAGCGCCUUCGCUACAUUGUAUAACCAGCAUUACGACAUACGCUGGGCCCCACCGUUGAUAUCUUCAACCCUUCAAAGUGCAGGCAUUAUGCAUGUCGUGGCAUUGAGGCUACGGUCAAAUGACGCUCGAGCAGCGACAGGCUUGACCCAAUGCAUCGAUGUCUGCGAUCGAAUGCGUGACGUUUGGCACACUACUGCUCGAGUAGCGGACCUCCUCCGAGGCGCUGGGGUGCAGAUCGCAGUAGCAUUGACAGGACCGGCUAACCCGUCGCGCAAACGUCCCGUGGAGGUCGCGCUGGAGGAAUACUCUGCCGAACAACCUGCAGACACCCCCCAGCCUCAGCAGGUUGUCGCUCCUGUUGUACCCUCCCACGGGUACGCCGAGGGUUCUCGUGUUCGGCCCAUACCAACUACUGUGCCGCUUCCUCAGCCACAGCCACACCAGGACCCUCAGUACGGGCCUAACUUCAUGACUGCCCUUCUUGGUCCGGACUACGUUCCAACAGCCUCUGUCGCUCCCGGCUACGAUUGGUGGCCACUGGAGUCGACGAGCGAACCCGCACCUAUGCCUGAACCACCAUCACAAUAUGUCCCUACCUCUCAACCACUCACGAUGCCCUCGCAAUCGUUCACCUUCACACAGGAGCAGUUCUCGCAGGACUUCUUGCAAGGAAUGAGAGAUCCUGUCCUGCACUUCCCUUCAGCGUAUCCGCCCCGUUAACUCUUCAGAUCCUCAACUUCGGUGUUUACCUCUUUGCUUUCCUGUGUUUCCCGCGUUUAUAUCUCAAGCAUGGAAAAAGACAAAAUGUAGCUGCAGGUGUAGUAUUGCGC